AUGGACGCCAUCAAUGUCAAUGUGGCCGGCAUUGGUGCUGGGCUAUUUGCGGCUACCUAUACAGCAUACCACGUCUAUGUCGGCUUGACUGGCCCGCUGGCUAGUCUGCCGGGCCCAACAUGGAGCAAGUUCACCGGCUUGCCCGUCGUGUACCAUAUCUAUCGCGGCACAAGGAUGUACUUUUUGCACGACCUGCACAAGCGCUAUGGCCCAAUCGUGCGCGUCACACCAAACGAGGUCUCCAUCUCAGACCCCAAGGCUGCCAAAGAGAUUCACAAGGUCCGCAGCGAGUACCUCAAGACGCAAUUCUACGAGGACGCGUCGUUCGACGAGGCCCAGAACGUCUUCACGACCGCCGACCCAGUCUACCACGCCGAGUGGCGCAAGCUCUUCGCAAAGUCAGUCUCCCAGUCGAACCUGAUCACCUUCCAGCCCUUGAUCCAAAACUUCACGUCUGAUGUGACGGGGGAGCUGAGUGUGGGCUCGUCCCUGGGGAUGCUGGAGACUGGCGAGGAGAACCAAUAUGUCAAAGACAUCAAGCGUGUCAUGCCGCUCAACAUCCUCCGCCUCGCUCUAUGGCAGGGCGACUGGUCCAAGACCAGACACCUGCCCUGCUUCCCCUUCUCCACGCUGCGCGGGGUGUCCACGCGCCUCAACUCGGUCGCGAAGGCGUACAUUGACGACUAUCGCGCACGGGUAGCCGCAGGCGGCGCGGGAUCGACCACCACCACGAUCCUGCUCGACAGGGCGCUGGAGACGCAGGCGCGCGAGAAGGGCAGCAUCUCGGAGCACGAGAUCCUGUCCAACGCCGUGAUCCUGAUGCUCGCGGGAACCGACACGACUGCCAAUACGCUGGCGUAUAUGCUGUGGCUGCUGUUCAAGUUUCCCGACAUCAAGGCUCAGCUGGACGAGGAGAUUGACGAGGCGAGGCUGCCUGGAAAGCCGGGCAUUGAAGACCUUGCGAAGCUGAAGUAUCUCGACUAUUUCAUGCUCGAGGUCAUGAGGUUGUAUGGCGCUGCGCCGGGGCCGCUCCCGCGAAAAGUGCCCAAAGGGGGCCGCGACAUAUGCGGCUACUUCGUCCCAGCAGGCAUGACUGUGUCACCCCUGGGCUUCAGCAUCUCACGCGACCCGGUCGUCUAUCCGGAACCGGACACGUUCAACCCGGACCGGUGGGCGGACGCCACCACGGCCAUGAAGGAGGCCGACUUCAGCUUCGGCGGGGGCACGAGGAUCUGUCUGGGCAUGCACAUUGCCAACCUCGAGAUGAAGAUGGUCGUGGUGGCGUUCCUGCGUUCGUCGCUGAGCGAUGCGCAGCUCGCGUAUGGCAUCAAUGGGUAUUCGGAGCAAGGGAUGAAGCAGCUCGAGGCUAUUGCUGCGAGGCCCUGGGGGGACCAGGUGUUGGUUCGUUAG